UCAUUGCAACGAUGCGAUCCGGUGUGGGCAAGAAGGUGUUUAUGCAAUAUAUAUGAGAGCUGUUUGUGUUGUGUUGCAGUGCAUAGCAAUAGAGGGCUCCAGGCAUUGUGCAAGAACCAAAGCCUAUUCCAAAGCAUCAUCUGGCGGGGUGCUGAAGGACUGCAAGGAAGGUGGUGUCCAAUCUCAAAAGGCAACAGGGCAUCAUUAAUUUUACAUGAUGUCGCUGGGCCGGCUGACGCUGGGCGUGUCUGCUGGGCUGGGCGGCUGGCUGGCCGGCUGGCUGGCGGGCCGGGCCGAGCCGGUGCGCCGCGCGCCUCCCGGCCACCCGCUGUUCGGCACCGUGUCGGCCGCGCUGCCCAUACCGAGCGACGCGCAGGCCCCCGACGUGCGCGCCGACCAGCAGCCGGCCAAGAACGCCGGCCGCGUGGCCCAGAUCAUGCGCUUUGGCUUCCCGGGCCUGGACAACGUCCGCUCCCAGAGCGACUACGUGCUGUCGUACGACCGUCGCGCGCGCGUGCCGAUGUGGGUGUUCGAGCACCUCACGGCCGAGAGUGUUCGCCGCAACGACGAGGUGGACCGCGCCGGCUGCGAGUUCGUCGCCGACACCUCCAUCCAUCCGUACUUCAGGGCGGACAACAGUGACUACAAGGGGAGCGGGUACGACAGAGGUCACAUGGCGGCGGCCGCCAACCACCGGCGCAGCCAACAGGAGCAGCAGGAGACGUUCCUGCUCUCCAACAUGGCACCGCAGGUCGGCGUGGGCUUCAACCGCGACAAGUGGAAUGACCUGGAGAUGCACGUGCGCAAACUGUGCAAGGUGUACCCGAACGUGUACGUCUGCACGGGCCCGCUGUACCUGCCCAGGCGCGAGGCCGACGGCCGGCUCCGGGUCAGCUACGAGGUCAUCGGCAAGAACCAGGUGUCCGUGCCGACCCACUUCUACAAGAUCGUCGUGGGCGAGACGGUGGCCGGCGCGUGGAAGCUGGAGGCGUACGUGAUGCCCAACCAGGUCAUCCCCAACGAGGCGCCCAUCACCAACUACCUGGUGCCGCCGGACGUGAUCGAGCGGGCGGCCGGCCUGCUCUUUUUUGACCGGAUGGACAGGAGCCGGCUGAUGCGGGUCAACGGCCGCAAGACCACCUGGCUGUGAGGAGGGCGGCGCGCG